AGAAGAUGAAUAUGCCUCUCUCUCUCGCUCUCGCUCUCUCACCCAAGUGUACAUAUAUAGGAGUUAGAAGAUAAGUAUAGUGGUUUCGCUUUGUGGUGCUCGUAAUAGCAAGAAAAGAAACAAAAUAGAAGGCAUAUCAUAUACAUACAAAAAAAAAAUCCCCAUUUUACCAAAAGCUUCACUUGAUCUUGAUAUAUCCAUUUGAGUUUGAGCUAUAUUUUCCAACUUUUCCACAGCUUCUCUCUCCUCCCCCAGCUCCCUCCUUCAGCAUAUAAAGAUCUUGACCAGUUGAGAUAUGAGGAUUUCAUUCUCAGCAGCCAUCAAACAAGCACAGCCCCUUGUGAGUUUCCCUCCAGGGAUACUUAACAUGGACCCCUUCAUGGCCCGGCCGCACAGCAAGGACAAGGUGGUGGUGGUGGUGGGGGCCACAGGCACCGGAAAAUCAAGACUUUCCAUCGAUUUAGCCACCCGGUUUCCGGCAGAGAUUGUAAAUUCCGACAAAAUGCAAGUCUAUAAAGGCCUAGACAUAGCCACCAACAAAGUCACCGAUGAGGAGCGCCGCGGGGUACCCCACCAUUUAUUAGGCGUUGUAGACCCUAAUGUGGAGUUCACUGCCACCGAUUUCUGCCACCAUGCCUCGUUGGCCGUGGAGUCCAUCGUGAGGCGGGACCGCCUCCCGAUCAUCGCCGGUGGGUCCAAUUCUUACAUCAAGGCUCUGGUGAUUGAUGACAUUGAAUUCCAAUCAAAGUAUGAUUGUUGUUUUCUUUGGGUGGAUGUUUCAUUGCCUGUUUUGCACUCUUUUGUAUCCGAGCGGGUCAAUCGGAUGGUGGAGAUUGGUUUGGUGGAUGAAAUUAGAGGGAUUUUCGAUCCCAAUGCUGAUCAUACGAGAGGGAUUAGGCGUGCCAUUGGAGUUCCUGAAAUGGAUCAAUUUUUGAGAGAAGAACCAAAUGUUGAUGAUGAGACUAAAGCUUUGAUGCUUAAGGAAGCCAUUGAGAAAAUCAAGUCCAACACUUGCAAAUUGGCUUGUUGCCAAUUGGAGAACAUCUUGAGGCUCCAAAACCAGUUGGAGUGGAGCAUGCACCGCCUUGAUGCCACCGAAGCAUUCCUCAAAGGCGGCAACAGCGACGGUAACAACAUCUGGGAGAAGUCAGUGGCGGGGCCUAGUAUCCUACUUGUUGACCAAUUCCUCUACGAAGAAGGUUUUGGAGCAUUCCUCACCUCCCAACUUCGAUUUCUAUGGCGGCAACGGUUGUAGCAGGGGCAACUAUAAGUCAUGUCCCUAUUACAGUGGUUGCUAUCGCAAUUCACUAAGAGUUAAUCAAGUUCACCGAAUAAGUAAUAAAUCUCAAAAGAAUUAUUCAAUAAUUUUGAAAUAUCAACAUGACACAUGUUGAUAUGAUACUCUCAACCAAUAAAUCAAGGAAUAUGGUGUUUGCGACAAAUACAUUUAAGUCAAUGCCACUUUUUCAAAUUUAUUUUAGUAUUAUUAUUGGUUUGGGAAUAUUAUUUCAGCAUGUUGAAUUUUGAGUUGAUAUUUGGUAAAUGUUGAAUAAUUAUUUGAGAAAACAAUUUGAUGCCACGUGGUUGGUUCUUUUUUUUUUCUUUUUU